AGUGAGCACAUUGUCUGUGGAGUACCCCAAGGAAGUUGUCUUGGACCUAUGCUGUUUAGUCUAUUCAUUAACGAUUUACCAUCUGUACUGGAUACAGCUAGUAUUACCUUGUAUGCUGAUGACAGCACUCAAUACCAUGUGGCAGAAAAUGUCAAUUUAAUAUCAGAAAAUCUUCAUAAUGAUCUACUUAACGUCGAGGAAUGGAUCCGGAAAAAUCGUCUGGUGCUAAAUGUGGAGAAAACUAAAAGUAUCCUAAUUGGAGGUCGCCAAAGGAUUAAAGUAGCACAGCUGCUGAACCUAAGUAUGAAGAACAAAAGCAUUACCAGUAAUCAUGUGUCAAACUUCUGGGAGUGCAGAUGGAUGAGGCAUUAA